AUGUUAAAACUCUGUGGUGGUGAUGAUCAACCUGAAUUUGGGAUAGGGGAAAGUCUAUUCGAAGCAUUUUCUGAAAAAAGGAACGCCACUGGCACUAAAGAGAAAAUAGAAAUAGAUAAGGAUGAUUUUAACGAUUUAGCUUCGUCUACGUCAAGCAAAAUUGAAGCCAAGAAUAUUAAGUCCUCUGAAAGAUAUUUUUAUGAACCAAAAGCAGAUUUAACUAAAAAAGAUAUACCUAAAAAAGCUAUUGGAAGAACAGUCUCAAAAGUUGAGAUGAAGAAAUAUUAG